AUUUAAUAAUCUGUGGGUAAUUACAAUUGAGAAAUUUUGACUCAAGUGUGCUUUCUUACAACGAACUCUCAUGGCCCCCGUUGCUCCCAUAAGGCCAAAAAUCUUUGAACCACAUAUAAAACAAAAUGAAUGUGCUCAGAAUACAUCAAUUAAUUCAGAAAUGUUACUCAUUUACUUUCUCUUCUUUGUGGAGAUAAAAUUGGCACAAAAACUGGCUGUAUGAUAUAAAAAUAAGAGAAGUCUCUCAAACUGCUGCACUGACAAAGAAAAAUGGAGAUGAUAUGCAGAACCUGAGACAGAGUGAAAGAAAGAGUCCUGAUAGAGAUUGAGGACUUUCAUAAGAUGGCAUCUGGAAGGAUUCGUUCCACGCGUCGCCUGCGUUCCUGGAUAGUGGAACAGGUGAACAGUGGGAAGUAUCACGGCCUAGUGUGGGACAACACUGAGAAAACCAUGUUUCGUAUCCCAUGGAAACAUGCAGGAAAACAAGAUUUCCGAAGUGAGGAAGAUGCAGCUAUAUUCAAGGCUUGGGCGGAGUUUAAAGGGAAGCUUUUGGAGAAUGGAAAUUCAGACCCUGCAUCCUGGAAAACUCGACUUCGCUGUGCCCUCAACAAAAGUCCAGAGUUUAGUGAGGUCAAUGAAAGGUCACAGCUGGACAUCUCAGAACCCUACAAGGUGUACCGCCUCGUACCACUAGAAGAACAAGGAGUGGUAAAAGUAAAAAAAGAGAAUGGACAGAAGCAAGUGAGGAGCAGCAGAAGGAGACGCAGUGAAUCCGAGCAAGAUGAGCAGCAGAUUGCAUGCAAAAAGAUCAAAGAGGAGGUUUUUGUGCCCCAGCCCAUCAACAUGAGUGCACAGGAAAUCAUCCCACUCACAGGAAGAGAGAUCACACUCCAAGCAGAGGUGGAGACAAACCCCUUAAAGACUGACCAAAACAUUGAAGAUAUCCAGGUAAACUUCACCAUUGAAGCUGUAGAGAAGAGAGUGCUGCACUCUUUCCACAUAACCGUGCUCUACAUUGGUCAGGAGGUUCUGCGGCGAGAAGUAAUGGGUAAUGAUGUUCGGAUCGCUUACCUGCCUCCCUCACCUGUCCCUCCAUCUCCACCGUCUCUAAACGGCGCUGGCUUCCAUCGAAUCCCUCUCCCAGACCCCCCAUCAGACAUGAGCUCUGACCCCAGCCUCGCCCCACGUUUGACCGCUCUUAACAAAUUGCUGCCCUUCAUGGAGAGUGGAGUAGUCCUGACCUUGACAGGAGGAGCCAUCUAUGCCAAGCGCUUCUGUCAGGGACGGGUCUUCUGGAGAGGACCACAUAACACCACCACAGGACCCUGUAAAAUGGAGAGAGCAGGCGAGCCCACCCAGCUGUUCAGCAAGGAUAUAUUCAAACAGGAGUUGGAUUCUUUCCGCAGUGGAGGAAAACAACCUCAAAGUGAGAUCACGCUGUGUUUUGGAGAAGAGCUGUAUGAUGGAGAUAACGUUGAUGAUAAACAGAUCAUCAUUAAGAUCUCUAUCCCCUGGGUUGAGUCGCAGAUAGAAGAGGUCAAGACCCUCAGAGACUCUAUUGCAAUUCUCAAAAGUUUGGCCAGCCAGUCUCCUACAGGGGAAGUGACGCUGAACUUUGUUGAAGUAUUGGAGCAGUAACAAACCUCUAAGAUAACACUUUCUGCAUUCUUGAGAUCUUGACAUUAAGAAUCAAAAUGAAGAAGAACAACUAUAUAUGGCAUGACUUGAGACAACUUGUAUAAACACUUUCCUGUAGGUAGCUAGUGGAAAUAAACACUGUAAUUAUCAGUUGCUUCAAAUACAUAAAAUAUAUAGCCAUAUAGUAGUUAAAUCCACAUAUUUAUAAGUAAUAUAAAACAUGUCUUUAGUCAAUAUAGAAUUAAUUGUAUGUUACACUGCAAAAUGUAAGAACACAAAAUAUUUUGUCAUUUGUACCACUAUGCAUUUCCCAUCUGGCCUAGUGGAGUCUGAGUAAAGUUCAAACUCAUUAAA